GCAUGUCAGAGGAGUGCCAAAAUGACUUUUGUUCGUGUUGCUUACAACAACGUGGACUUUAGAUGCCUAGUGGCUUAGAUAGCUCAGAAUUUUGACAUAAAGUGAAUUAUGGGAUUGAAAGGCAGAAAGCAGAACCUUCCUGAAAAGACGUGUGCCCUAUGAGCGGUUUGAUGUGGGAUAUUUUUUCCUCUUUGCCUGGGUUAUUACUGGUCUCAGUGCCUUGAGGGUUAAGCCCAACAGGGAUAUUUUUAAACAGCAGGGGCCGGUUAAUCUAAAAGUGACAUUUACAGUCACAACAGUGAGCGUAUCUAGCAGUCUUAGAUCCAGGCCCUAAUUAAACAAGGAACCUGGAAAAUCUAAGGCUGAUCACACAAUUGAGAGGACAUGGGAAAAGAAAAGGCGAAGAGCUAAGUGAUUCUCUGAAUGGUCCUGCUUCUUUUUCUUUCUUGUGUGAUUUUCUCCUGCCUGAUCUUUUCCUGGUGGAAAAUCUGGGGGACAAUGGCGGACUCCAAGCCGGUCACCAAGAAUAAAUCUGAAGCAAACUUCGUUCAGAGCCAGGAGCCUCUUCCAGCCUCGGACAGCUCAGAGGAACUGCUGCAGAAGAAUGGCGACAGCAGCUCACUGCCAAAGACCCCCGAACAGGCCGAACCAGCCUCCCACAGAGACCCCAAAGAUGCCUGUUGGCCGAGAACUUCCCAUCCACCCCCACCCCUGAAGCCCCCAAGAAGCCCCCUUUCCUCCAGUGACCUGUCGGCCUCCCCAGAGCCCCCAACCAAUGGGACAGUGGCCCCAGAGGCCCCAGGUACCAAUGACCUGUCCUCCCCAGCUGGGACCCAGGGUCAGCAAGCCAGAUCCCCCUCUAAAGAAGAAGAGAAGCAGGCGCACAUCAAAAGGCAGCUGAUGACCAGCUUCAUCCUGGGCUCCUUUGAUGACAACUCUUCCGACGAGGACCCCUGUGCUGGCUUAUUCCGAGAGUCUUCCAGGAAGGGCAGCCGGGCCAGCCUAGGGGCCCUGUCCCUCGAGGCUUUUCUGAUCGCAGGCGAGCCUGAGACCCUCGUCCACACCAUGAGGCCGAGCAUGUCAGGGCUCCACCUGGUGAAGAGGGGACGGGAGCACAGAAAGCUGGACCUGCACAGAGACUUUACCGUGGCUUCCCCCGCCGAGUUUGUCACACGCUUUGGGGGGAAUCGGGUCGUCGAGAAGGUCCUCAUCGCCAACAACGGCAUCGCCGCCGUCAAGUGCAUGCGCUCCAUCCGCAGAUGGGCCUACGAGAUGUUCCGCAAUGAGCGAGCCAUCCGCUUCGUAGUCAUGGUGACCCCCGAGGACCUGAAGGCCAACGCAGAGUAUAUCAAGAUGGCAGAUCAGUAUGUCCCUGUCCCCGGAGGGGCCAAUAAUAACAACUACGCCAACGUGGAGCUGAUCGUGGACAUUGCCAAGAGAAUCCCUGUGCAGGCCGUGUGGGCUGGCUGGGGCCACGCCUCCGAAAACCCCAAGCUUCCGGAGCUCCUGUGCAAGCACAAGAUUGCUUUCUUAGGCCCCCCCAGUGAGGCCAUGUGGGCCCUGGGAGAUAAGAUCGCUUCCACCAUUGUGGCCCAGACGCUGCAGAUCCCAACCCUGCCCUGGAGUGGAAGCGGUCUGAUGGUGGAGUGGACAGAGGACCGUCUGCAGGAGGGAGAAAGGAUCAGUGUCCCAGAAGACGUUUACAACCAGGGUUGUGUGAAAGAUGUAGAUGAGGGCUUGGAGGCAGCAGAAAAAAUUGGUUUUCCGCUGAUGAUCAAAGCUUCCGAAGGCGGUGGAGGGAAAGGAAUCCGGAAGGCCGAGAGCUCCGAGGACUUCCCAAUUCUUUUCAGACAGGUGCAGAGUGAGAUCCCGGGCUCCCCCGUCUUCCUCAUGAAGCUGGCCCAGCACGCUCGUCACCUGGAGGUCCAGAUCCUCGCCGACCAGUAUGGGAACGCCGUGUCCCUGUUUGGGCGCGAUUGCUCCAUCCAGCGGCGGCACCAGAAGAUCAUCGAGGAGGCGCCGGCCACCAUCGCCACCCCGGUUGUGUUUGAGUUCAUGGAGCAGUGUGCUGUCCGCCUGGCCAAGACCGUGGGGUACGUGAGCGCAGGGACUGUGGAAUACCUCUACAGCCAGGACGGCAGCUUCCACUUCUUGGAGCUGAAUCCCCGCUUGCAGGUGGAGCAUCCCUGCACAGAAAUGAUCGCCGACGUCAACCUGCCAGCUGCCCAGCUACAGAUCGCCAUGGGCGUGCCCCUGUACCGGCUGAAGGAUAUCCGGCUUCUGUACGGAGAGUCCCCGUGGGGGGUGACACCCAUCUCUUUCGAAACCCCUUUGAACCCUCCCCUCGCCCGAGGCCAUGUCAUUGCUGCCAGAAUCACCAGUGAAAACCCAGACGAGGGUUUUAAGCCGAGCUCCGGCACAGUCCAGGAACUGAAUUUCCGCAGCAGCAAGAAUGUGUGGGGUUACUUCAGCGUGGCAGCUGCCGGCGGCUUGCACGAGUUUGCCGAUUCCCAGUUUGGGCACUGCUUCUCCUGGGGCGAGAACCGGGAGGAGGCCAUUUCGAACAUGGUGGUGGCUCUGAAAGAAUUGUCCAUCCGGGGUGACUUCAGGACGACCGUGGAAUAUCUCGUCAACCUCCUGGAGACCGAGAGCUUCCAGAACAACGACAUCGACACUGGGUGGUUGGACCACCUCAUUGCUGAGAAAGUGCAGGCUGAGAAGCCGGACAUCAUGCUUGGGGUGGUGUGUGGAGCCUUGAACGUGGCGGAUGCGAUGUUCAGAACCUGCAUGACAGAUUUCCUCCACUCACUUGAAAGAGGCCAGGUUCUUCCAGCAGAUUCUCUGCUGAACACCGUAGAUGUGGAGUUAAUUUACGGCGGCAUUAAGUACAUCCUCAAGGUGGCCCGGCAGUCUCUGACCAUGUUCGUCCUCAUCAUGAACGGCUGUCACAUCGAGAUCGACGCGCACCGGCUGAACGACGGCGGGCUGCUGCUGUCCUACAAUGGGAACAGCUACACCACCUACCUAAAGGAGGAGGUCGACAGUUACCGAAUUACCAUUGGCAACAAGACGUGUGUGUUUGAGAAGGAGAACGAUCUGACGGUCCUGAGAGCCCCCUCAGCUGGGAAGCUGUUGCAGUACAUGGUGGAGGACCAGGGUCACGUGGAGGCUGGGGGCAGCUACGCCGAAAUGGAGGUGAUGAAGAUGAUCCUGACCCUGCACGUGCAGGAAAGUGGCCGGGUGAAGUACAUCAAGCGCCCGGGGGCCGUGCUGGAGGUGGGCUGCGUGGUAGCCCGGCUGGAGCUCGACGACCCUUCCAAAGUGCACCCGGCACAGCCAUUCACAGGGGAGCUCCCUUCCCAGCAAACUCUGACCAUCCUCGGGGAGAAACUGCACCAGGUUUUCCAUAGUGUCCUGGAAAACUUGUCCAACGUCAUGAGUGGCUACUGUCUGCCAGAGCCUAUUUUCAGCAUCAAGCUGAAGGAGUGGGUGCAGAAGCUCAUGAUGACUCUCCGGCACCCGUCGCUGCCGCUGCUGGAGCUGCAGGAGAUCAUGACCAGCGUGUCGGGCCGCAUCCCCGCCCCCGUGGAGAAGGCGGUCCGCAGGGUGAUGGCCCAGUACGCCAGCAACAUCACCUCCGUGCUGUGCCAGUUCCCCAGCCAGCAGAUAGCCACGAUCCUGGACUGCCACGCAGCCACCCUGCAGCGGAAGGCCGACCGUGAGGUUUUCUUCAUGAACACCCAAAGCAUCGUGCAGUUGGUUCAGAGAUACCGCAGCGGGACCCGCGGCUACAUGAAGGCGGUGGUAUUGGACCUCCUGCGAAGGUAUCUGCACGUGGAGCACCACUUCCAACAAGCCCACUACGACAAGUGCGUGAUCAACCUCAGGGAGCGCUUCAAGCCGGACAUGUCCCAGGUGCUAGACUGCAUCUUCUCCCAUGCACAGGUGGCCAAGAAGAACCAGCUGGUCAUCAUGUUGAUUGAUGAGCUUUGUGGACCAGACCCUGCCCUGUCAGACGAGCUGACCUCCAUCCUCAACGAGCUCACUCAGCUGAGCAAAAGCGAGCAUUGCAAAGUGGCGCUCAGAGCCAGGCAGGUCCUGAUCGCCUCCCACCUCCCCUCCUACGAGCUGAGACACAACCAGGUGGAGUCCAUUUUCCUGUCUGCCAUCGACAUGUACGGUCACCAGUUCUGCCCCGAAAACCUCAAGAAAUUAAUACUUUCAGAGACGACCAUAUUUGACGUGCUGCCCACCUUCUUCUAUCACACUAACAAAGUCGUCUGCAUGGCGUCCUUGGAGGUGUAUGUGCGGAGGGGCUACAUCGCGUACGAGUUGAACAGCCUGCAGCACCGGCAGCUCCCAGACGGCACCUGCGUGGUGGAAUUCCAAUUCAUGCUGCCCUCCUCCCACCCCAACAGGGCCCGAAGUCCCCUUCUGCCCAGGAUGGCAGUGCCCGUCAGCGUCACCAACCCCGACCUGCUGAGGCACAGCACGGAGCUCUUCAUGGACAGUGGCUUCUCCCCUCUGUGCCAGCGCAUGGGGGCCAUGGUUGCCUUCCGGAGAUUUGAGGAUUUCACCAGGAACUUUGAUGAAGUGAUCUCCUGCUUUGCCAACGUGCCCAGGGACGCCCCCCUCUUCAGCAAGGCUCGGCCCUCCCUGUACACAGAGAACGAUUGCAAGAGCCUCCGGGAAGAGCCGAUCCACAUCCUGAACGUGGUCAUCCAGUCUGCAGACCACCCGGAGGACGAGGAGCUGGUGCCGAUUUUCCGGGCCUUUGUGCAGUCCAAGAAAAAUAUCCUUGUGGAUUGUGGACUCCGAAGAAUCACUUUCCUGGUUGCCCAAGAGAAAGAAUUUCCCAAGUUUUUCACGUUCAGAGCAAGAGAUGAGUUUGCAGAAGAUCGCAUUUACCGCCACUUGGAGCCUGCCCUGGCCUUCCAGCUGGAGCUCAGCCGGAUGCGAAACUUCAGCCUGACCGCCGUGCCCUGCGCCAACCACAAGAUGCACCUUUACCUGGGCGCUGCCAAGGUGAAGGAGGGUUUGGAAGUGACGGACUACAGGUUCUUCAUCCGAGCCAUCAUCAGGCACUCGGACCUGAUCACAAAGGAAGCUUCUUUCGAGUAUCUGCAGAAUGAGGGCGAGCGGCUGCUCCUGGAGGCCAUGGACGAGCUGGAGGUGGCCUUCAACAACACCACCGUGCGCACUGACUGCAACCACAUCUUCCUCAACUUCGUGCCCACGGUCAUCAUGGACCCCUCCAAGAUCGAGGAGUCGGUGCGUUUCAUGGUCAUGCGCUACGGCAGCCGGUUGUGGAAGCUCCGUGUGCUGCAGGCUGAGGUCAAGAUCAACAUCCGCCAGUCCACCACCGGCAACGCCAUUCCCAUCCGCCUGUUCAUCACCAACGAGUCGGGCUACUACCUGGACAUCAGCCUCUAUGAAGAAGUGCCUGACCCCAGAUCCGGAAACAUCAUGUUUCACUCCUUUGGAAACAAACAAGGGCCCCAGCAUGGGAGGCUAAUCAACACCCCUUACGUCACCAAGGACCUGCUUCAGGCCAAGCGAUUCCAGGCUCAGUCUCUGGGGACCACUUACGUGUACGACUUUCCGGAAAUGUUCAGGCAGGCUCUCUUUAAACUCUGGGGCUCCCCGGACAAGUACCCCAAAGACAUCCUGACCUAUACGGAGCUCGUCCUGGACUCUCAGGGGCAGCUGGUGGAGAUGAACCGACUUCCUGGGGAAAAUGAGGUGGGCAUGGUGGCCUUCAGGAUGAGGUUUAAGACCCAAGAGUACCCCGAAGGACGGGACGUGAUUCUCAUCGGCAACGACAUCACUUUCCGCAUCGGCUCCUUUGGCCUGGGAGAGGACCUCCUGUACCAGCGGGCGUCCGAGCUGGCCCGAGCAGAGGGGAUCCCCAAGGUCUACCUUGCAGCCAACAGUGGAGCCCGCAUCGGCCUCGCCGAGGAGAUCAAACACAUGUUCCAGGUGGCGUGGGUGGACCCCGAAGACCCCCACAAGGGAUUUAAAUACCUGUACCUGACCCCACAAGACUACACCAGAAUCAGCUCCCUGAACUCUGUCCACUGUAAACACAUUGAGGAAGGAGGAGAAUCCAGAUACAUGAUCACCGACAUCAUUGGAAAGGACGACGGGCUGGGCGUGGAGAAUCUGAGUGGCUCGGGGAUGAUCGCUGGGGAGUCCUCCCUGGCUUACGAAGAAAUCGUCACCAUCAGCCUGGUGACCUGCCGAGCCCUUGGGAUCGGGGCUUACGUGGUGAGGCUGGGCCAGCGAGUGAUCCAGGUGGAAAACUCCCACAUCAUCCUGACGGGAGCAGGAGCUCUCAACAAGGUCCUGGGAAGAGAGGUUUACACCUCCAACAACCAGCUGGGUGGGGUGCAGAUAAUGCAUUACAACGGCAUCGCCCACAUCGCGGUGCCAGACGACUUCGAAGGGGUUUAUACCAUCCUAGAGUGGCUGUCCUACAUGCCAAAGGAUAAUCGCAGCCCAGUCCCCAUCAUCACACCCACUGACCCCAUUGACAGAGAAAUCGAAUUCCUUCCAUCCAGAGCCCCCUACGACCCCCGGUGGAUGCUUGCAGGGAGACCUCACCCAACCCUGAAGGGGAGCUGGCAGAGCGGCUUCUUCGACCAGGGCAGUUUCAAGGAGAUCAUGGCUCCCUGGGCCCAGACCGUGGUGACGGGACGAGCAAGGCUGGGGGGCAUCCCUGUCGGAGUGAUUGCUGUGGAGACGCGGACUGUGGAGGUGGCAGUCCCCGCAGACCCUGCCAACCUGGAUUCUGAGGCCAAGAUAAUCCAGCAGGCAGGCCAGGUGUGGUUCCCAGACUCGGCCUACAAAACAGCCCAGGCCAUCAAGGACUUCAACCGGGAGAAGUUGCCCCUGAUGAUCUUUGCCAACUGGAGGGGCUUCUCCGGGGGCAUGAAAGACAUGUACGACCAGGUGAUGAAGUUCGGUGCCUACAUCGUAGACGGCCUUAGGCAGUACAAGCAGCCCAUCCUCAUCUAUAUCCCCCACUAUGCGGAGCUCCGCGGGGGUUCCUGGGUGGUGAUGGAUUCGUCCAUCAACCCCCUGUGCAUAGAAAUGUACGCGGACAAGGAGAGCAGAGGGAGUGUUCUGGAGCCAGAGGGAACGGUGGAGAUUAAGUUCCGAAAGAAAGAUCUGACAAAGGUCAUGAGAAGGAUUGACCCGACUUACAAGAAGCUGGUGGAACAGCUAGGGACACCUGAGCUCUCCGACAAGGACCGCGUGGACCUGGAGGGACAGCUGAAGGCCCGGGAGGACCUGCUGCUUCCCAUGUACCACCAAGUGGCGGUGCAGUUCGCCGACCUCCAUGACACACCCGGCAGGAUGCUGGAAAAGGGGGUCAUUUCCGACAUCCUGGAGUGGAAGACGGCACGGACGUUCCUGUACUGGCGCCUGCGCCGCCUCCUCCUGGAGGACCAGGUCCGGCAGGAGAUCCUGCGGGCCAGCGGCGAGCUGAGCCACGAGCACAUCCAGUCCAUGCUGCGCCGCUGGUUCAUGGAGUCGGAGGGGGCUGUGAAGGCCUACCUGUGGGACAACAACCAAGCCGUGGUGCAGUGGCUGGAGCAGCACUGGCAGGCACAGGAUGGCCCGCACUCCCCCAUCCGUGAGAAUAUCAAGUACCUGAAGCGCGACAAUGUCCUCAAGACCAUCCAAGGCCUCGUUCAAGAAAACCCCGAGGUGGCCCUGGACUGCAUCAUCCACAUGAGCCAGCACAUCAGCGCGGCCGAGCGGGCCCAGGUGGUCCAGCUCCUGUCCACCAGGGAGAGCCCAGCCUCCACCUGACCCCCGGCCCUCCCAGCCGCUCGCAGGACCGCGGGCAAGAGACAGAAGCCACACCAGGCUGCAGCCCCUCGCCGGGAGCUCAGGGGUUCACUUUUUUUUAAAUUUUUCUUUGAAAUCCUGAGCAUUUCUGCAGGGGUGCUGGCACACAGCUGGCUCCUGUCUCAAUAAAAGGCUCAGGAUGCCCCUUCCAGCCAGAAGUAGCCUCCUCGCCAUCGUUGGCAAGUUCGUUUCGCUUUGUUUCGUCUCUUAAGACAACGUUUUUCACUGCAUCACUGAACUGAAUUGAACCAGAUUCAUUCAGUGGUGUUCUUCAGGCUUGUUUUAUAUCAGAUCAUGGAAUCUUAUUUUUUUACUCCGAGACCAGCACUUGAUUUUAAGGCUCUUGUAUUUCGGUAGAUGGAACAGGCCCAGGAAAGAAAAACAGAGACAAGACAAAAGAAAACCUAUUUUUGGUAAUGAUGCUUAUUCAGACACUGUCUAGUCAUCUGUGGAAGGGCAUGGAUUAUUUUGUAUUAAAAGAAUAAAGUGGCAAUCCCCCCACACCCCACACCCCAAACGGCCACUAGUGAACCACUAGGCAUGCCCCAUUGGCAGGCCAUUCUUAGCCCUCAUUAGCAGAGGUUCAUUUUUUGAGAGAGGGAAAGCAAAAUGAGCCGAAUUGCCUGGCUGGGGUUUCAGGACAUUUGGAAAAUUCUUUUAUGGGUCUCAUGGUCCUCUGCCCGGGCUCUUGCUCCGUGGAACACAAGGACUAACCCCCCCACCCCGCAGGAUACAUCUUGGGCAUGCAUCUUCCUGCUGGGUGGGGAAGACAGGAGGAGGGGAAGCUCUCCCCAAAUUUCUCUCCCAGCCUGCUCACGGGGGAUGCCACUGGCAUUGCCAGUCUCCACUGCCCCCUCGGGAGCGCCACCUCUAGCCACCAUCACUUUCCUCACCUGUUGCCUGGAUCAGGCCCGAGGGCAGAACUAUCGGUCCCUGAGGACUAGACGGGAGGACCAUGCCAACUUGCUCAGGGGAGGACUUUGGAUGCAGCCAGCAGCACGGGGGCCUGGGGGCAUCCCACCCCUCCAGUAGGUCCCAGUUUGCUGGCAGCAGGGGGACUUUGCCACCACUUGCUGCAGAAGUCACACACAGCCCAUUUGGAGGCCAGAGAAGUUGCUGCAAGCCAGGAAGCUCGAGGAUGUCUGAGUUUAAAAAAAAAAAUCUUGCCAGCAGCCAGUGACAGCCCUGGCAAUCAAGGGCGGUAUGGGGGCAGCGAGGGAGGAAGAUGAAUUAUGGGUCGUCCCAUCCCAAGGACUAGAGGGGUUGGGGUGGGGAGAAUCGAUACUGCUUUUGGAGUUUUUAGUGCUGGCGAGGCCCUCUUGGUUUUUGGGGGGAAAGGCAAGUGGGUGGCUCUAGCUGCUGCUACCUGGGAACGGUGGUCAGAAGGACCUACCAGAAAAUGUAUGGAAUAAACUAUUUUUUGAAGGAA